AUGGUCCUUUGCUCAUCUUCAACGUCCUUAUCACCCUUGUAUCUUUUAAAGGUCUGCAAAAAUGUUAAUGUUCGAUACCUUGAGCAAGUCCACGCCAAAAUCAUUCGCCAGGGCUCCGAACAAGACCAUUUCCUCGUAGCACAAUUCAUCUCUGUCUGUACCUCCAUCUCUCCUAAUCACCUCACUUACGUCUCAACCAUUUUUGACCGCCUUCUUCAACCCAAUAUUUAUCUUUGGAACACUCUCAUUAAAUGCCACUGCACACACUCGUCCCUGGCCACGUCCAUCAAUUUUUUUCGGCGCAUGAAACAAAAUUGUUAUGUUGCUGCGGACAAAUACACAUUCCCCUUCGUUGGUCAAAGCUUGUUCUGGUGCUUUGGCGUUGAGGGAAGGACAGAUCUGUAUGGGAAAUGUGGUGAGAUGAUAGAUGCUCGCAAGGUGUUUGAUGGAAUGCCUGUGAGAAACGAGGUUACUUGGACUAGUAUGAUAGUUGGGUAUUCAACAAAUGGGAGUUCUUUAGAGGCCAAAAAGCUGUUUGAUGAAAUGCCCCAAAGGAAUCAUGCCUCAUGGAAUGCCAUGAUAAAUGGGUUUGCAAAGUCGGGUGAUCUGGCAAGCGCCAGGAUUUUGUUUGAUGAAAUGCCUGAAAAGAAUUUGGUGUCAUUCACGACUAUGAUUGAUGGGUAUGCAAAGUCAGGGGAUAUGGCAUCAGCGAGAUGUUUGUUUGAUGAAUCACCUGGUGAGAAAGAUAUUGUUUGUUGGUCUGCAAUGAUAGCUGGGUAUGCCCAGAACGGUCAAGCUAAAGAAGCCAGAAAAUUAUUCAUUGACAUGUGUUGUAAGAAUGUUAAGCCUGAUGAGUAUGUGAUGGUGAGCCUAAUUUCAGCAUGUUCACAAGCUGGUGAUUGGGAGUUUGCUGAGUGGGUUGACAUGUAUAUGAGUGAAAAUAAAAUUGAGGUUACCCAAAAUCAUGUGGCUGCAGCGCUGGUGAACAUGCAUGCAAAGUGUGGGAAUUUGGAGAGGGCAGAGGCCUUGUUUGGAAACAUGCCUAAACGGGACUUAUUUUCUUACUGUUCUAUGAUCCAGGGAUUCUCUGUUCAUGGGGACGGGGUGAAAGCGGUUGCCCUUUUCCGCAGGAUGCUUGAAGGAGGAGGUCUGAUUCCAGAUGACGUGGCCUUCACUGUCAUCUUGACUGCUUGUAGUCACGCUGAUCUUGUUGAAGACGGCUGCCACUUUUUUCAUUCUAUGGUCAAUGAAUACGCGCUGUCUCCUUCACCUGAUCACUACGCAUGUAUAGUGAAUCUUCUUGGUCGUGCGGGAAAGUUAAGAGAGGCAUAUGAUAUUCUUAAACAAAUGUCAGUGCCACCUCAACCCGCUGCUUGGGGUGCUCUUCUUUUUGCUUGUAGAACACAUGGUGACGUGUCAUUGGGUAAAGAGGUUGCAGCCCAGCUUUUCAAGAAUGAACCUCAAAAUGCUGCUAAUUAUGUGUUGCUAUCCGACAUGUAUGCAGCUUCAGAUCAGUGGUCUCAUGUUGACCAUGUAAGGAACCAAAUGAGCGACAAGGGAAUCAGAAAACUUCCUGGCUGUAGUUGGAUACAACAACACUACCAAUAG